UAACUUUCCAAAAAGCCCCUUACCAACCUAAACUCAUCAUGCCUCCUAGAAGACAAAAUCCUCCUCGUCAACGAGUUGUUCGGGACAUAGAGAUGGAAGAACUAUGUCAACAAAUUCAAAGGCUUCAAGAAAGACUCGAAGCUUUUGAGGGACAACAAGCUCAACACCCGCAAGAUGAACCACAUGAGUCAGAGGAAGAUAUUGACGACGAGAAUCCUUUCCAUCACCUAAGGGAAAAUGAAAGCUCAUCAUCAAUAGAGAGAGUUUGUCAUCGACGUCCCCAACCAAAUGCUGCUCCCAAAUCCACUAACCUUGGCAUCAAAAUUGAUAUUCCAGAUUUUGAAGGUCGCCUUCAACUAGAUGAAUUUAUCGACUGGUUGCACACUAUGGAGCGUGUGUUUGAACUCAAAGAUAUUCCUGACGACAAGCAUGUGAAGCUCGUCGCCAUCAAAUUAAAGAAACAUGCAUCCAUUUGGUGGGAGAAUCUCAAACGCAGUCAACAAAGAAAAGGCCGCAGCAAAAUUAAAACUUGGGAGAAAAUGCGUCGGGAACUCACUCCAUUGAAGGUUGAAAAGCAAAUCUCAAAGAAGAAUAUCACUCGUGCUUCAAAAUUGUGGGAUUUUGGAGUUAGUCGAAGGACUCAAGCCUCAAAAACUGUACCAAGAAAAGUAUGGUGUGAUGUUAUUCCUAUGGAUGCUUGUCACUUGUUACUUGGUCACCCUUGGCAAUUUGACCGAAAGGCUAUCCAUGAUAGCCAUGCCAACACCUACUCGUUUGUGAAAGAUGGUGUGAAGGUCAAGCUCACUCCCCUAAAGCCUGAAGAAACACUUGAAAAUAAGGAUGAGGACAAGGCUUUAAUCUCCAGAUCAACCUUUCAGAAGUUGCACCAAGAGUCAAAAAUAGCAUGUCUCCUACUAUUAUCCAAAAUAAAUGAUGCCAAUUGCCCUUUUCCAGAAGAAAUCCGAUCUCUCCUUGAAGAAUUUUCUGAUGUUGUUCCUAACGAGAUCCCUCUUGGAUUACCACCAAUGAGAGACAUUCAGCAUGCCAUUGAUUUCAUCCCAGGAUCUGUCAUCCCAAACAAACUUGCUUAUCGAAUGAACCCUCAAGAGUAUGCAGAACUUCAACAACAAGUCAAAGAACCAAUAGAGAAAGGACUUGUCAAGGAAAGUGUUAGCCCAUGUGCCGUGCCUGUGCUACUCGUCCCAAAAAAAUAUGGAACUUGGAGAAUGUGUGUAGACAGUCAAGCAGUUAACAAAAUCACUAUCAAGUACCGCUUCCCAAUUCCACACCUUGAUGAUAUGCUUGAUCAACUGCAUGGAGCUACUGUCUUCUCGAAGAUUGAUUUGAGAAGUGGAUAUCACCAGAUCCGAAUGCAUCCCGGUGAUGAAUGGAAGACAGCAUUCAAAACUAAAGAUGGUUUAUACGAGUGGACGGUCAUGCCAUUCGGAUUGUCUAAUGCUCCCAACACUUUCAUGUGCCUUAUGAACCAGAAUGAACAUGAGCACCUAAACCAUCUUUGGCAAGUUUUUGAAGUCCUUAGAGAGCAGAAACUUUAUGUUAAUCUCAAGAAAUGUUCAUUCCUCACUACAAGUGUGACAUUUCUUGGAUACAUCAUCACUACUCAAGAAUUCUAUGCAAUUGUUCGAGCCUCAGAGCAUUGGAGUCAUUAUCUUCUUUCAAAAGAAUUCAUCUUGCAUUCUGACCAUGAGGCAUUGAAGCACCUGAAUUCUCAACAGAAGAUCAGUCGUCAAUAUGCUGCUUGGAGUGAAUUUCUACAAGCUUAUCCUUUCCUCCUCAAAUACAAAUCUGGAGCCCAGAAUCGCAUAGCUGAUGCUCUGAGUCGCCGACAUGCCUUGCUUACUUCCUUACAGAUGAAAGUCACUGGAUUUGAAGUGAUCAAGGAGUUGUAUAAGGAUGAUCUUGAUUUUAGCAACAUUUGGCAAGCCACUUUUAAUCAAGCCUUUCAGCAAUAUCAUUGCCAACAAGAUUAACUCUUCAAGGGUAACCGACUAUGUGUUCCAUGUUGCUCACUCCGAGAUUCAAUUAUUUGGGAAGCACAUAAUGGUGGAUUAGUUGGUCAUUUUGGGAGAGACAAGACUUUAGCUCUUGUUAAAGAAAGUUUUUACCGGCCAAAGCUGGAGCAGAAUGUCAUUCGUCACAUUCAAAGGUGCAAAGUUUGUCACCAACCCAAGAUAAUCAAUCAGAACACAGGGU